AUGGCGGCACAAGCAAUCACCCAAGGUGCUAUCGAGGCUAUCUUCUUCGACCCCGACCGGGCUCAGCGUCAGUUUCCGGUGCCUGUCUUGCAAUGUCUGCAGAUCAAGACCCUCUCCGGGCAGCAGACGGGCGCGCAGCAGCCUGGUGGCGCUGAGAGGUACCGCAUCGUUUUGAGUGAUAUGCGGAACUAUGUUCAGUGCAUGCUGGCUACCCAGGCCAACCACGUCGUCCAUGAUGGCUCGCUUCAGCGCAACUGCAUUGUGCGUCUGAAGCAGUACCAGGCUCAAUCCGUCAAGGGCAAGUGGGUUCUCGUCGUGCUGGACCUUGAAGUGAUCACUUCCCUCGGCACUCCAGACAAGAUCGGCGAGCCCAAGGGUUUGGACACGCGAGACACAGAGCCCCAGGCCAACGCAAUGGGCGGCACUAGUUUCUACGGCGCCAAGCAGGAGCCGCAGGAGUCGAAGUCGCAGGUACAGAGACAGAUUUCUACCGGUAGUACAAGGUCCAAUGGGAGUGGGGGGGGCGGCAUGUCUCAUAACGGCAGCGUCAUCUACCCUGUCGAGGCGCUGUCUCCCUACAACAGCAAGUGGACUAUCAAGGUCCGCGUUAGGUCGAAACCGCCCAUCCGGACCUGGCACAAGGCCAGUGGCGAGGGCAAGCUCUUCAAUGUCAUCCUCUUCGAUGAGACCGGCGACAUCCGCAUGACUGGCUUCAACGACGCUGUUGACCGGUGGUAUGACGUCUUGCAGGAAGGCCAAGUCUACUACAUCUCCGGCUGCAAGGUGAGGAUGGCUCAGAGGAAAUUAGACGCUCGCGCUAGUGACUACGAGAUGGUGAUCGAUCGCGACACUGUCAUCGAAAAAGCAGAAGAUGACGGCAGCGUCCCGCAAGUCCGUCUGAACUUGUGCAACAUUCAGGACCUGCAGAACGUGGAAGCAAAUACCAUUGUUGAUGUGCUCGGUGUGAUCAAGGAGGUCGGGCCGGUAGACUCGAUCAUCAGCAAGACCACCCAGAAGCCGUUCGACAAGCGCGACAUCACGCUGGUCGACGACACCGGUUACUCGGUGCGCCUGACGCUCUGGGGCAAGCAGGCAACGAGCUUUGACGCCACCGAGGAGUCGAUCGUCGCCUUCAAGGACUGCAAAGUAAGCGACUUCAACGGUCGCAACCUGUCUCUCCUAUCCUCCGGCAGCUGGUCCGCGGAUCCAGAUAUUCCCGAAGCGCACCGGCUGAAGGGCUGGUACGACUCGAUGGGUCGGACACAGUCGUUCCUGACGCACAAGAGCAUGAGCAGCGUGGGCGCGGCGACCGGCCGCAAGGACGACUUUAAGACAGUCCGCCAGGUCAAGGACGAGAACCUGGGCAUGGGCGAGCAGCCCGACUACUUCAGCCUCAAGGGAACCAUCGUCGCCAUCAAGCAGGACAACUUUUGCUAUCCCUCGUGCCUCACCGAUAACCCACCUUGCAACAAGAAAGUUACUGAUAUGGGUGACGGCACCUGGCGCUGCGAAAAGUGUGAUGUUACCCACGACCGCGCCCGGUACCGGUACAAUUUGGGUGUCAUGGUUAGCGACCACACCGGACACCUCUGGGUCACGUGCUUCGAUGAUAUCGCCAACGUGGUCAUGGGCCGAACGGCCGACGAGCUCGUUUCCCUCCAGGGUGACAAGGCGGCGCUUGAUGCCAUAUUUGAGGAGGCCAGCUGCCAGAAGCUUACGUUCCGCGUCCGGGCAAAGAUGGACACUUUUGGUGAUAUGCCUAGGGUCCGCUACCAGGCUAUGAGUGCCACGCCCAUCGACUUCAAGUCGGAGGGCCACAAGCUGGCCGAGCUCAUCAGGCAGAUGAGUGUUUAA